UCAGAGAAGAACUUUUCUUCUGCCUCUUCCUCCUCUGGUGGCUUUUGUCUCUCUGUGAGUGGCCCCGUGGCAGUAAGACCGACAGUUAGUUUAGCACAGCCAAGAGUCAUACUGCCACAACUAUAGUCGUGGUCCUCAGGAGAAUAUUGCCCACCCACUACUGGAUCAAGAUGCUACGACGGAAACCAUCCAACGCAUCUGAAAAGGAGCAGCCCCAGGUGCAAAAGAAGAAGCUGACUCUGCAAAGGUCCAGCAGCUUCAAAGACUUCAUGAAGCCAAAGCCGUCGGCACCCAUAGUGAGCUCUGAGGCUACACUGGAUGAAACGCAGCUGGAGGGUGCACCACCGGAGGAUUCAGGGAAAAGUAACGGGAAACUGGGAAAGAAAUGGAGAAAUGUCAUAACUCGCACAAUGACCCGUAAAACCUCCAAGAUGGUACAGAAAGCCCUUGCAGAGGGGAAUGAGAGUGGGGAGGAUGGCUCUAAGUCUCCCAUGUCUCCAACUGACUGGAUUCCAGAUCUCACUGCUGGGAACAGAACGUCUGUGUGCUCCAACAGCUCAGAGGACACAAUACACAACCCUCUCUCGCGCCAGCUCUCUGGAUGUGCUGACAGGCAGAGUCUGGACAGUGGCUUCAGCCAGAGAGACAGUAUGAGACUGGAGGACAGCACCUACACAGGGCCCUUCUGCGGCAGAGCCCUCGUCCACACUGACUUCACCCCCAGCCCCUAUGACAUCGAAUCCCUCAAACUACAGAAAGGAGACAUCAUCCAGAUCAUUGAGAAACCACCAGUAGGCACCUGGACUGGUAAACUCAACAACAAAGUGGGCUCCUUUAAAUUCAUCUACGUCACAAUACUACCAGAGGAGGACACACCACCAAAGAGGAAGCGAUGCCGGAGUCAAGGACGCAAGAACAAGCCCAAACCACAAACCUUGGAGGAAGUUCUGGAGAGAAUAGGCCUAACUGAGCUGGGAUCUCUCCUGUCCAUGCACGGCUUCCAGAGUUUGGAGGAUUUCAGAGGUCUGAAGGAGUCCCAUAUGAAUGAACUAAACAUUACUGACCCCGAGCAACGUGUGAAGAUACUGAAAGCAACAGAAUUGUUUCAUGACUCGGAGGACGAAUCUGAUGCAGAGGAGCAAAAGACUGAAAUGCCACGGGACUCGGGUUGUUACGAAAGCACAGAGAACCUGGCAAAUGGACGUGAGGAGCCCCAGGUGGAAUCCCAACCAGAGCCGGAGACUGAUCCGGACACAGAAACAAAGCUCAAUGCGAUUCAGGAACAAUUGGAGGAGAUGAAGGUGGAGGAGAGUCCUGAGAGCCCAACAGAGUGAAGCCACCAGAAUGUUCUUUUGAUCUCUCUGAUGGAGAGUGUCAUAUCCACGUGCUGGAUUAAAUUCAUGAAAAAAAAACUUUGAUAUGCACAGCCCAUACAGAAGCCAAUAGGUCUUCUUAGAAGAUGGUAUAGAGAUCUUGAAGGUACCAUCAUUUAUUCUCACUGAGAUUAUUGUUCAGGAAGACCCAAAAAAUCUGGAAACUGAAACAAAGUUGUAGGAUUUUGAAAAACAGACUGCAUGAAGUGAUAUUCCAUGGAUUAAACCUACGGCUAUGUUAUUACAUCUUAAAAUAAGAAGAAUGCUGAUACCCCAAAUAUUGAUUUUACUCCGCUUAGGUUAAAUAUUUAAGCCAUUUUUUCUGGUAAAGCGUUGAUGUGCAUGACCUAACUGUGAUUCUCUAAUAUCUGAGAAGUUUCAUCAUCAUCAUCAUCAUACCUUUAGCUAUGAAGUAGCAUUUUAUUUACUACUGUUCUACGGUUUCUGCCGGAAUGAAUGUAUAGAGCAGGGGUUUUCAACCUGUGGGGCGCGCAGUUUUUCAUUCUCACGUAUUUUAAAUC